AUGAUUGCAACAGAGACCUCGAUCGCUCCAUCGCUCCUCGAGCCCUUCCCGCUCAGCCCCUCGCUCACUCUCCGCAACCGCAUCUGCAUGGGAUCCAUGACGCGCAACCGCAACACGGACGCCAACAAGCCCACCUCGGCCGCUGCGCAGUACUACUCGGCGCGGGCCCGGCACGGCGCGGGCCUGAUAAUCGCAGAAGGGACAUGGAUCUCCCCCACGGGCUCGGAAUGGCAGCACGGGCCGCUCAUGACCUCGGCCUCGCACGCGGGCGCGUGGAAGCCCGUGACGGACGCGGUGCACGCGGUCGGCGGAACCAUUUUCUUCCAGCCCUGGCACCAAGGGCGGGCGCAACACGACCUCGCGCCGAUGCUGAAGCAGACGGGAUACCCCGUGCUCGCACCCUCUGCCAUCCAGGCCAAGGCAGGCAAAUACCGGUUCCUCCCCGGCGCCCCGGGCCACACGCGCAACAUCACGGCCAUGACGCGCGCGCACAUUGCAGACGUCGUGGAGCAGUACCGGCACGCGAGCGCACUCGCCAGGGGAGCGGGGUUUGACGGCGUGGAAAUCAUCGCGCAGGGCGGGUAUCUGGUGCACAACUUCCUCAGCACGCGGUCGAACGCGCGGCGCGACGGGUACGGCGGCAGUGCAUGGAACCGGUGCAGAUUCCUGCUCCAAGUCGUCGACGCCAUCGCCACCGUGUACCCGGAGCUGAGCGAGACGUAUACGGUUCUCGUGCAGGCGCUGGUGCACCGGGGCGUCGGGUUCGUGAACCUGAGCCGCCGCGGGUGUGAGACGGGCUCGGCGAAUGACGACUUCUCCGACUGUGCGGUGAGACCGCCGGGCAUGGAGCUGCCGGCAGGAUACGAGCCGUUGGAUGCGUUUGGGCCGCUGGUCAAGUGCGAGGGCAGCAGGACCAAGCUGAUGGUCAACUACGGCUACACGGUCGAGGAAGCGGAGGCUUUGGCGAGGGAGGGCAGGAUUGACUUGAUUACGUUUGGGAGGCCGUUCAUCUGCAACCCUGUGAGUCUGCCCGACCUCGUGGAGCGCAUCAGGCAGAAUGUCCCGCUUGCUGAGAACGACCGGGGUGGAAGGGUUAAUUAUGGGCCUUAUGCACAUGUCAACGACGACUACAAUGACUGGCCAUGUGCAACUUGGACGUGAGGGAGUAGCGGUCACACACACUAGAGCAGACGUGUUGUAGCCAGUGUGCACGUCUGCUGUGCAGUUUGGUAUGAAGAUGCCCGCGUCUGCUGUGCAAUUUGGUAUGAAGAUGCCCGCGUCUGCUGUGCAGUUUGGUAUGAAGAUGCCCGCGUCUGCUGUGCAAUUUGGUAUGAAGAUGCCCGUGUCUGCUGUGCAAUUUGGUAUGAAGAUGCCCGUGUCUGCUGUCCAAUUCGGGUUCAGAAAAGUCAAUUUAAAAUCUUACCCAGACGCCUCGCCAUGCACAAAAGCAUCAAACGCCUCGCCAUGCACAAAAACAUCAAACGCCUCGCUGUGCACAAACAAGCCCUUUCUCAACCUGGAAAGGCUACUUUCUCAAACUGAAAAGGCUACUUUCUCUCAAACGGGAAAGGCUACUUUCUCAAACUGAAAAGGCUACUUCCCCAAACUGAAAA